UCCUUAAGAAGCGUGCACUGAUUGGCCCCGGCCGCGAGCGUGCCACUCCGACCCGAGCAGCUACGGGUUGCUCGCCUCUGCCGUCCUUCCAGCAGAGUUGCGCGAUGGCUGGCGGAGGUCUCGGCCAUGUCGCGGCCUCCUGCGGCCUGGCGUAAGAUGCACGGGGAAGUAGGAUCUGCGGGAAGUCGUCACGAUGGUUCACCCGGGCCCGCGGCUGUUGGACUUCACCAAAACCCCGACGCAUCUUCAGUUCAACAAAUACGUCCUGACCGGCUAUCGGCCAGUGUCCACCGCUCACGAGUGUGCGCGGAGUCUCUUCUACAUGCACAAUGAGCUGGGCAACAUCUACAGCCAUGGGAUCCCUUUCUUCCUGUUUCUGGUGCUGCUGCCCUUCAGCAUUCCCUGGAGGGAGGUGGACAGCGUCUGGAUCGGCGUGGUCCACUACCUGGCCUGCCUCAGCCCCACGGUGGGCUCCGUGCUCUACCACGUGUUCAUGAACCACGUCGGCGGGGAGCACGUGUACGACACCCUGCUCUCGCUGGACAUGGUCGGCGUCUGCUUGGUGAACACGCUAGGUGCCCUUCCGAUCAUCCACAUCACACUCCUUUGCUUCCCGGCCGUGCAGCAGGCCGCAAUGCUGGCCUACAUCUUCCUGUCGGCCUACGGCAUCUACUGUGCCACCACGGCUCGCACCAACGUCCUGCGUCUGCGGGCCUUUGUGUGGCAGGCCGUGUUCCGCUUCAGCCUCUUCCUGUUCCGCGCGUACGGCAGCGGGGUGGGCAGCCCCGACUCGUUGCGCCUCUUCGUCAUCAUGGACUCCCUGGCCGUGCUGGGCGGGCUGGUCAAUGUGGUCCAGAUCCCCGAGCGCUUCGUCCCGGGCCUGUUUGACAACUGGGGUAACAGUCACCAGAUCAUGCACGUUAUGGUUAUCUGCUCCAUUAUUUACCUCCACUGGGGAACGCUGGAGGAUCUGACCUGGGUCAAGAACUACCAGUGUCCUGUAGAGUGACCCACAAAUGGUCUCAUGACAAGCUGGGUUGAUAGAUUUGACUUUUAGGAGUCAGUGGGGUGUGACGUAUAGUUUAAACCUUACAUAAUGUUCACAAGUUUCACAUAUGACAGAGAGAAAAAUCCCUCAAAUGUCAUUCUUUCACCCUGCGAUUUGAUGACUUUUCUGAAAGUGAAUCAACAAAUUUAAACUACAAAUGUCAUGUAGGGCUGUUGGGAAGGGGAGGCAAAAAAAAGUCGAAAAACUGCUUAGUCGACUUCAAAAAUAGGUCGACGCAAAAUUUCUGCCACGAAGCUCCGCCGAAACAAAAAAAAAAAAAAAAAAACAAAAGUCCACCGGAACUUUGUUUGCGCCACUAGAACCCAUGUUUCACUCGGACAUUUAAUGCAGACGCACGCCGUAAUUGAACCAGGUAAAAUGUUUCCAAACUCGACAGAGAACCGUCUAUAAAUUAUUUUAAAGAAACUGUUGGAUGUGUAAUGGAAAAAAUUGUAAUGUACAUACGUGAUGUAUGAGUGAGCUGAAUCGUAGCAUUUUCUUUAACCUAAAAUGGUAAUCGCUGGCGCGCUAAUGCUAAUAACGAUUGCUAACCGUUUAGCAUUUUGCUGUCUUAAUUUCUGUACACGAAAUUUGUAGCAUCCACACAGUACCAACAAAUGCAGUUAAAGGAUUUAAUUCCACCCCUCAUAAAUUUGACUAAAAUGCAUGUUAGUAAAAAAAAAAAAAAAAAAAAAAAAAAAAA